AUCAAUCCCCUUCUCUUCCCCCUCUUUUUUUUCCCUUUCCCUCCCAUCUCUGCCUUUUACUUUUUUCCCCUUCAAAUCCCCAUCCCAUCUAUAGCUAUUAGCCACUCUACAGACCACUCUUUUUUAAGCUUCAAGACUUCCCCCUAAUUAAAAAGCCUGUUGCUUGUAUACAUACAUUCUCAGCACCACCAAGAAAAAAGAGAGAUAUGGGUCUCUCUCUCCAUCACCUUUUCUUUAUGGAUGUUUCGUUUUGUAUAAUGACUUAAAAGUAAGAGGGACUAAAAAAAAAAACAAAAGAACCCCUCUUCGUCUUCUUUAGAAUAUGGCAAUUCAACAACAUGAACAAGAAGAAUCUUACCCUUCUUUCUUACUCGAUGGUCUUUACUGUGAAGAAGAUGAAGUUUUAGAAGAAGGGAGUUCUUUAAGUGGCUGUAACAAUGUCGGAGACAUUGAUAUGUUUUGGGAAGAUGAGGAGCUUGUUUCGUUGUUUUCAAAAGAAAUGGAGUUGGUUCAUCUUGGUCCUGAAAAUGUGGAAAGUAAAGAUGAUGAGUUUUUGACAACGGUCCACCGUGAGGUCCGUCGUGAGGCGGUGGAGUGGAUGCUUAAAGUCAAUGCUCAUUAUGGGUUCACCACUCUCACGGCGGUGCUUUCUGUUAAUUAUCUCGAUAGGUUUUUAAGUAGUUUCUGUUUUCAAAGAGAUAAACCAUGGAUGAUUCACCUUGUUGCUGUUACUUGUCUCUCUUUGGCUGCUAAAGUUGAAGAAACCCAUGUCCCUCUUCUUCUGGACUUACAAGUUGAAGGGACAAAAUAUGUUUUUGAAGCUAAAACCAUUCAAAGAAUGGAACUUUUGGUUCUUUCAACAUUGAAAUGGAAAAUGCAUCCAAUUACUCCACUUUCAUUCCUUGAUCAUAUCAUAAGAAGGCUUGGAUUAAAAACACAUCUUCAUUGGGAGUUUCUUAAGAGAUGUGAACAUCUUCUCCUUUGUGUAAUCUCUGAUUCAAGAUCUGUGCGGUAUCUUCCCUCUGUAUUGGCUACUGCAACAAUGAUGCACGUUAUAGACCAAGUUGAGAUUUUUAACCCAGUUGACUACCAGAACCAACUUCUGAAUGUUCUUAAAAAAAACAAGGAACAGGUAAAUGACUGUUGCAAGCUGAUUCUUGAUUUAUCGACAGGACCCCAAAACCAAAACAAUGCGUGUAAUGGUUUUUUUUUUGGUCGGACACUUGCCCACCAUAACCACCAUAAGAGGAAGCUUGAGACGGUUCCUGGUAGUCCCAGUGGGGUGAUUGAUGUUGAUUUCAGCAGCGAUAGCUCGAAUGAGUCUUGGGUUGUGGGGCAACCGCCUUCAUCGGCGGCGCCGUCGGUUUCGUCGUCGCCUGAGCCACCGUUUAAGAAGAGAAGAGGUCAAGAACGAGGGAUGCGUUUGACAUCAUUGAACCGCGUGUUCGUUGACAUUGUUGCCAAUGGUAGCCCGUCUUAAUCCUCACUGUCCAAAAAGGAAAUUCCAUAUUUAUUACUAUGUUUUAAUUGCAAGAAUGGUCCCUUAUAUUUUAAUUAUUAUCAAAGCAAUGGAAGUGGAGACUGGUGGAAAAUUAGACCAAGAAAAGAAGGGUUGCAUUGAAGAAUGUAUGCAGUCUGGUCCUCUAUUUUUUUCUUC